AUGAUGGAGAUUCUGAUGAUCACCGAUUUCCUCUUGUGGUGGUCUGGAUCUGGGCUCGGAUGCAUUAAAGUGACGCGGCGGAGCUCUGCGGAUUGGCGACAGGGAACGCCGACGACACUCUUUGUUAAGGAUGUUACCACAGAGGUUGGGUUUAAGGGAAAGGAGGAGACCUCGAGAUGGAGCAAUUCAGAUUCUUCCUCCGCUCACUGGAAAUCUAUAACAACGUAUGAGACGAGAAGGUAA